UGGGUGGCGAUAAUGAGUCGUAGCUGAUCUUGAGACGACGCGAAGGGCUUCAUUGACGACUUAUAACAAAAAUAAGAGUCCAAUUAUCAGCACGUGAUGAAGACGUUGGUGGUAUUCGAUUUCGAUCACACAAUGGUCGAUGACAACAGCGACACGUGGGUGAUCAGGUGUCUUCCAGGUCAGAAGCUACCUGAAUCCCUGAAGAAAUCAUACAGAAAAGGCCACUGGACUGAGUACAUGGGCAGAGUGAUGGAUUAUAUAGGUGACCAGGAUGUGAGUGUAGAAAGCAUUCGUGCCGAGAUGGAGCGCAUUCCAUUGACGGCGGGAAUGAGCGAGUUACUAACAUUCAUAUCACGCAACAAGAGCGAUAUAGACUGCGUGGUAAUCUCUGACGCCAAUUCGCUCUUCAUUGACUGGAUCCUCUGCGGCGCUGGGUUGCGUUCGGCUGUGGACCAAGUAUUCACCAAUCCAGCCGGAGUUAACGCGCGGGGCCGUGUGGAAGUGCAGCACCACCAUGUGCACAACUGCCGCCGCUGCCCCAUAAACAUGUGCAAGAAGAAAGUUUUAGAGGACUACCUGGCCCAGCGGAACAGGUACAGCCACGUAUUUUAUGUGGGCGACGGUGCCAACGAUCUCUGCCCUGUCACUUGCCUGCGGGGGUGUGAUGUAGUCAUGCCCAGGGAGGGAUACGCCCUAGAGGAGCUGUUGGAGGACAAGAGAGAGACUUUGAAAGCCAGAAUUGUUACUUGGAGUAGUGGAACCCAAGUCUUACAAGAGCUACAAGCAAGUUUAAGAACCAAAACGGAUAUAAUCCUGGACUAACAGGGUUCUCACAGCUAACUGUCAUGAAUGCACAAGCCAAAUGGAACCAAAUGAAAUUACUCAAGUGUAUGGUUUAUUUUUCUUUAUCUUCACUGCAGCCUGUUUAACAACAAUAAUCUCUGAUUGUUGCCACCAAUACUGAAAUCAUCAUGUCACAUACUGUAUUUAUAUUUUAUCACUGUAGCCUGUGAAAGAGGCAAAAUGGCCAGACGUAACAACAACAACAGAUGUUUAGGACACAUUUCUGAACCCUUAGUUCCUUGAGGAAAUGUCAAAACCACCACACAAAGCCCCUCCAAGAUGGAACACAGAAGCUGAGGAGACUUCUCGGUGACAUUUGGCAAUUCGCUAGCUAAAAACUAUUCCUGCAAAUUGAAAUGUUGGAAAUUUUUGUCGAGCUGACAGAAGUGCAAUAUAAAGUUUUUUCUACAAGUAAUGGAAUAACAAUAUCAUUUUUUUGAUUCGAGAACAUUUUUAAGUUUCUGAUCGAUAUGAAAAAGUUUAGCAUUUCAGCUUUUAUUUCAUACAUUUCCUAACAUUCUACAUGUGUUUACCACCCACUUUUUCAAGUGAGAAAAUAUUGGUGCUGUUAAUGAAUUUGUUGGCAUAACUCUUACCUGCAAUGGCAACCAUUGACUUCACCAGACUGAAUUUGUCAUUUGAAAUGCUUUUACAGGCCUUUUGUGCAGCCUCUUUCAGUUACUGUUUGUUUCCAUUGUGUUAAGGUCUGGUGAUUGACUUGGCCAUUGAAGUCCCAAUCAGAGGUUGCGCUAGACUUUUUCGUUGUCUGUCAUUUUGACUGACAGGGUCAUAAAAAUCCAGUCAUAAUCUAUUUUUACCCGUCACUUAAAUUUUUUAAAUGAUAAUAAUGACAUAUUCAAUAGCAGUGUUGGUCAAAAGCGGUGCGUUACUUAUUCAACUAUGAAUAA